AUGUUGUCUGAAGGAGGCUCUUUCAUUAAGGGGAUGGUGCUAGGAGGUGUUUUCUGCAUUGUCCUGUCACUCCUCGCCAAUUUCACCACUGAGACAAAACCAGACGAACAGCACCAUCAUCAUCAUGUUAAGGCUGCUAGCAAAGAUGAGUUAAAACGUUUGAGUGAUGAUCAACUUAAAGAGUUGAGUAAUCAAGUUCGUGUAUAUUGUGUCAUCAUGGUCCAACCAAAAAUCCUAGUUUACUGGGCCACUGCUUUGGACACCUGGAGCAAACACUGUGACAAGCCUGUGUUUUACACCUCAGAAUCAUCUAAAGCCCUUGAGGCCAUAGACUUGAAUGAUAAGGAUGACUGGGCAAGGAUGCGGAAGGCUCUGAAACAUGCUUAUGAUAAUGCUGGAGACCUGCAGUGGUUUUUUAUUGCACAGCCAACAACAUUUGCCAUUAUUGAGAACCUCAAGUAUCUGGUACUCACAAAGGAUCCAAAAGAACCAUUCUAUCUUGGUCAUGCCAUGAAGUCAGGAGAGCUGGAGUACGUCUCCUAUGACAGUGGCAUUGUUUUAAGUCAUGAAGCCUUGAAAAGACUGGUGGAUGUAUUUGAGGAUGAGGACAAAUGUCCUGAAAGAGGCCGUGCACUGUGGAAGCUAAGCGAGGACAAGCAGCUGGCAGAAUGCCUUAAAUACAAGGGUGUUUUUGCUGAAAAUGGAGAAGAUGUGCACGGCAAGGGCCUUUUCAACAGCAAGAGUGUUGCCAGCCUAAUAUCAGACAGCAUAAAAGAAAAUCCCACCAAUGUUGUGGAGGGCUGCUGUUCUGAUAUGGCCAUCACAUUUGGUGGGAUGUCUCCAAAUCAAAUGCAGGUUAUGAUGUUUGGAGUAUACAGAUUGCGUCCCUAUGGGCAUGAUUUUCAUGACUUAUUAGAAUUUUACCCCCCCGAAGGUUCUGACAAUGACUAAUUAUUUUAGAGUAACAGUGAUAUUUUGCUUCUGUGACUGCAAAUAUGUAUAUUUUUCUAUUGUCUUUGUGAAACUGGAUCCUAGUGGGAAGGGAACA